GCCUGCAGCCUCUCUAUACCCCCCGGUUCAGUCGUCAACAUGGUAAUAGGUUCGCACGGUUAUAGGAAGACCCUGACCGCUGGACCACACAAAACGAAUUUCGAGAUUUUACGAAAUGUCCGGAACCAACAUAGCUACGAUGAAGUUCGUACGGUUUAUCAUGAAAAACGCCUAUUUGGCCAGCGUGCCUAAACAUAUCGAACAUUUUUCAAAAUUUUCACCUUCGCCCCUCUCCAUGAAACAAUUUCUCGAUUUUGGUUCCAUCAACGCCUGUGAGAAGACCUCUUUUGUCUUUCUGAGACAGGAGCUUCCUGUCAGAUUAUCCAAUAUUAUGAAGGAAAUCAAACAUUUACCUGAUAAACUUCUGACAACCCCAUCUGUGCAAAUUGUACAGAGCUGGUACAUUCAGAGUUUGAUGGAGAUCCUUGAGUUUUUAGAUAAGAAUCCUGAUGAUCACAGAGUUUUGGGAGAGUUUGUUGAUGCCUUAGUGACUAUCAGGAACAGGCAUAAUGAUGUGGUGCCCACCAUGGCCCAGGGUAUCAUAGAGUAUAAAGAAGCCUUUCGUCAGGACGCAGUAACCAACCAGAACAUCCAAUACUUCCUUGACCGCUUCUACAUGAGCCGCAUUUCUAUCCGUAUGCUCAUCAAUCAGCACACUCUUAUUUUUGAUGGCGCCACAAACCCAGUUCACCCUAAUACCAUUGGGAGCAUUGACCCUCACUGUGAAGUCACAGAGGUAGUCCAAGAUGCCUUCCAGAGUGCCAAGAUGUUGUGUGACCAAUAUUAUCUCAGCUCCCCUGAUGUAAUUGUGCAAGAAAUGAACAGCAAUAAGAAGAAUCAACCCAUAAACAUUGUUUAUGUGCCCUCUCAUCUUUAUCAUAUGCUGUUUGAACUGUUCAAGAAUGCGAUGAGGGCCACCAUUGAAUACCACGAAAGCAGCAACAGCCUCCCACCUAUUCAAGUCAUGGUGUCUCUCGGAGGGGAGGAUAUGUCAAUCAAGGUGAGUGAUAAGGGCGGGGGUGUUCCCUUCAGGAGGACUGAGAAUCUCUUCAGCUACAUGUACUCCACUGCCCCUACUCCGCAAAUUGGGGAACACACGCGGACUCCAUUGGCUGGCUUUGGAUACGGUCUGCCCAUUUCUCGUCUCUAUGCCAAGUACUUCCAGGGGGAUCUGCAGCUCUACUCCAUGGAGGGCUAUGGCACAGACGCUGUUAUCUACUUGAAGGCACUGUCUACAGACUCCAUAGAGAGGCUGCCGGUGUACAACAAGACAGCUCUGAAGAACUACAAAGUGAGUCAGGAGGCUGACGACUGGUGUAUACCCAGUAGAGAGCCCCUGGACCUUGCUAACUACAAAAUGGCCAAGUAAAGUGCCUCCAUGGUCCCCUGCUUUAGGUUUUUCAUCCCAUGAGGCCUCCUUGCCUGCCUGCCAGACUGUCUUUCUUAAUUUUUCCUUAACUACAAAGGAAGACAAGGGCCUGUUCUCUAGCUCCUGAGAGGGCCACCUACAGUAUAGAGGGUACUAAGUCUUUCAUUCUGGUUUUAGCAAUAGCACAUCCACACUCAUGCAGUAAAUUAAUGCCUCUCUAGAUGGCUUGCUAUCCUUUGGGUUCUUCAUCAGAUAGUAGACUUCUUGAAAUGGGGAUCUGAGCAAAAGGCAGGACAUUUUUCCGUAGACUUGUUGUUAUGACUUUUGCCAAAACCCCAGUGAGAUUUACGGGAGGCAGCUCUGAUGUCAUGGAAAUACAUCCAGAAUUAUCGGGGAGGGGGGGGCGUUGGGGGCACUGUAUGGACACACAUCCCAGAGUCAUGUUUCAUGUUUCUAUUUACGAGGUGAGAGCUGGAGGCAGAGACCCAGAAGCAGCACCCAGCAUGGUAAUAGAAAUGGGUGUGGUCGUGUGCGUCAGUAAGCGUGUGUUGUAAUGUGAGAGAACCAAAACGAGAGUACAGAUGAAGGUCUAUCUUAAGUAUUUUGGCGCAAGACAUUUUACAUACGGUAAUCUGAUCUGACACAGGCGUCCGGGAAGAGACACGGGGUGGUGCUCCAUACAGCCUGACAAGGCGACCUGUUGUCGAACAACUGAAAAGUUGUGACAAGCAGAUCCUAUCAUUUCUGAGACGGCGAAGGCCAGAAAAGUUCAGUCCAACCUUGAAACCGCAGGACACAUUUAAGUUC